AUGCCUGGAAGACGAACAGGCAUAAAAACGGAGCAAACCAAGGCCAGUUCGCCACUCUUCGGAGGUAAUGUCCCCGCUGGUGUGCUCGCUGCCACUCCUCAGCCCAGCCGCCUCGGGACACAGCGCAGCCGGCGCCGGGCACCCCGGUCCAGCGGGCGGUCCUCCCGAAGGCCUGGCGCAGGCGAGGGCAGCGGCCGCCGGCCGGGCAGCCCCUCUAAGGGCUGCAGAAACAACACGGCCCCCAGCAAGACGCCUCGCGAGCGGCGACCACAAGCCGCCGGGCGGGGCCUGGGAAGGGCGCUCCGGGCCGAGCGCACCUCUGAGGUGCAGGAACCGAGAGGGAGAAAGCCAGAGUUCCACCGCGGCACGCGAAGUUCGGGACUCACUUCCGCCACGCGCCCGGAACGCUCCCGGCGUCGGGGGCGGAGUCUGCGGGCCCCGGACGCGCUGCUGGCCUCUUUGUCUGGGCGGCCGCCGCCGGUGCCCCGGGCCGAGCUUGCGACUGGCCGUGAGCGGGCGGCGGCUCCGGCGGGGCCGACCCUCAGCCGCCGCCCGCCUUGCCCUCACGGAGGCGCGGCGCGGGCCGCGGACGCGAGCCGCUCCUCCCCCGGCCCCGCCCGGAGCCCUUCCACGCUGCACCGGGGUCGGGCCUCCAGCCACCCAAGGACUCUCUGGCUCCUGUUGCUCGCACAGGCACUGAAAGACAUGAUGGCAGCAGCUGGGUUUCUGCGGCUGCCAGCAGCACCCCAGGCCAAAGUGACUUUUGAGGAUGUGGCUGUGCUCCUCUCCCAGGAGGAGUGGAACCAGCUGGGCCCUGCUCAGAGGGGUCUCUACAGAAACGUGAUGAUGGAGACCUAUGGGAAUGUGGUUUCCCUGGGAUUACCAGGAUCCAAGCCCAGUGUAAUCUCCCAGCUGGAAAGAGGAGAAGACCCGUGGGUCCUGGAUGGGCCAGGACCAGAGGAGAGCCAGGGCCUGGGACAGAGCCUCUCAGACAGCCUCAAAUGUGACCACACUGCAGACUGUAUGCAACAGGACAGUUUAUCUUGUCCAUGGAGUAACUGUAUAUUUAUU